AUGGGUCGUGCAAAAUUAGCCCUGAAACGUAUCUCGAAUGAGAGUGAUCGUAAGUUAGCUUUCAAGAGGAGAAAGAAGGGAAUAAUGAAGAAAAUGGCUGAAUUUUCUACCAUGUGCGGAGUUGAUGCUUGCUUGAUUAUCUAUGAUGGCAACGGUGAUGCUCAACCAGUGACUUGGCCCGAAAACUCUAGAAAGGUGCACUCCAUCGUUGAAAAGUAUGAGCUUACAAAGAAUGAGAAACCGCAUAAGAACUUUGAUCUCGAAAACUUUUUUGAGAAUAAGAAGAAGACGGUUGAAUCUGAGAUUUCCAAAGUGCAAAAAGAUAUCGUGAAGAUUAAAUAUCCCACAUGGCAUCCAAGUUUCAAUGGCCUAGAAGAAGAGCAGUUGAGUAAUUUCAUUGCUAUGCUGGAUACCAAGGUUGAAGCUUGUAAAAAAAGAAUUAACAUGUUGAAAAACAAGCAUCAAUCUGAAGCCAACAUGAGUUCUAUGCAGAACAUGGCUCAAUCAGAGAGUGCUGCCUCAGAUUCCAGCCAACCAAAUUUCACGCAUAAUAUCACUCAAAGCCAAGACAGCAUUAUUCCUAUGAAGCCAAUUAAUGAUGAAUACCAGCUAGCAUCUUACCUACCUGAGCUUGAUAAGGAUUCUCAAUCCCAAAUGCUGAACUUCGAUUCAAAUCUUAUGCAAUUGAUGGCCAUGAAAACUAAUCAAGUCAAUGUGCCUCUGGGUUGUACCAACCAAGUUGGUGCUUUUGGAAAUUCAAGGAAUGAACUUGAUGUUCCUGUAGAUUGGACUAGUCAACUUGGUCAGCCACUGGAUUGGGUUAGUCAACUUGGUGAAGUUGAAGCUUGGACUAGUGAACUUGGUGGGCUUGUGGAUACGGGUAGUCCUCGUGAGUCUAUAAAUUGGACUAAUCAGCUUGGUGGUUUUGGAAAUUCAACUAAUCAAAUUGAUGGGCCUGUAGAUUGA